AAGGUUUUUUAGUGCCACACUCCAACAAUAAAGACUGGGGCAGUUCUUGUGCUGUGUCUGAGUGCAGCGGUGUGUCAGAGGCAGGGAAGGACCAGCAGCCAUGGAUGACGUAUAUAAAGCAGCGGUUGAGAACUUGACAGAGGAACAAAAAAAUGAGUUCAAGGCUGCGUUUGACAUCUUCAUCCAGGAUGCAGAGGACGGCUGCAUCAGCACCAAAGAGUUGGGAAAGGUGAUGAGGAUGCUGGGACAGAAUCCCACCCCUGAAGAGUUACAGGAGAUGAUUGAUGAGGUGGAUGAGGAUGGGAGUGGCACAGUUGAUUUUGAUGAGUUCUUGGUUAUGAUGGUCCGCUGCAUGAAGGAGGAGAGCAAAGGAAAAUCAGAGGAGGAGUUGGCUGAACUGUUCCGCAUGUUUGACAAGUAGGUUCCUCUUUGUAUUUUCGC